GUGACAACUGACAUGACAACUGGCUAUAGAAAAAUGGCGGUCAGAGUUUCACGUAAAUAAUCAUAGCAUAAUCGUAUUUGAAUGUGUGAAAAUGCAUAUAAAACAGGUCAUAAUCCAGGGAUUCAAGAGUUACAGGGAGCAAAUUGUGGUCGAACCAUUUGAUAAGCGACACAAUGUAGUCGUCGGACGUAAUGGAUCUGGGAAAAGUAACUUUUUCCAUGCUAUCCAGUUUGUACUGAGUGACGAGUUCUCCCACCUGAGACCGGAGCAGAGGCUGGCGCUGCUCCAUGAAGGGACCGGUCCGAGGGUCAUAUCAGCCUUUGUGGAGAUAAUAUUUGACAAUUCAGAUAACAGAAUCCCUAUUGAAAAAGAUGAGAUCUUCCUCCGUCGAGUCAUUGGCUCCAAGAAAGACCAGUUCUUCCUCAACAAGAAGGUGGUACCUCGUUCUGAGGUGCUCAAUCUUUUGGAAAGUGCGGGCUUGUCAAACUCCAAUCCAUAUUAUAUUGUGAAACAGGGCAAGAUUAACCAAAUGGCUAUAGCUCCGGAUUCCCACAGAUUGAAACUGUUGAGAGAAGUGGCAGGCACCAGAGUAUAUGACGAAAGAAGAGAGGAGUCGGUAGCCAUACUCAAAGAGACUGUUGGCAAGGUGGAAAAGAUCAAUGAAUUCCUCCAAACCAUAGAAGAACGGUUGAAGACAUUGGAAGAAGAGAAAGAGGAACUGAAAGAGUAUCAGAAGUGGGAUCGAGCGCGGCGCGUGUUAGAGUUCAUCAUACACGACACCGAGCAUCGUGAGAAUAAGAGGAAACUUGAUGAGUUGGAGAAAUUACGUUCGAAUAGUGGCAAGGAGCAACAACAUUACGCGGACAUGGUCCGAGAAGCACAGGAUCACGUCAGGGAAGCUAACAGAAAACUGAAAGAAGCCCGCAAAGAUGUGGCCGCGGCUCGCGAAGAGAAAGACAUUCUGUCGACGGAGCAACAACAACUGCUGCGAGAGAAGACCAAGCUCGAACUCGGCAUUAAAGAUCUCACUGAUGAUGUCGAUGGCGAUAACAAGUCGAAGGAACGAGCCGAAGCAGAAUUGGAGCGUCUCCGCCAACAGAUAUCGGAAAAAGAGCGCGAACUAGAAGAACUGAAGCCGAAAUACGAAGAGAUGAAGGCUCGCGAAGAAGAGUGCACGAGGGCCUUAGCUCUCAAUCAGCAGAAACGUCAAGAAUUGUACGCGAAACAGGGAAGAGGCACUCAGUUCACUUCGAAACAGGACAGGGAUCGGUGGAUCGAGAAGGAAUUGAAGUCCCUUAACAAACAAAUAAAGGACAAGAAGGACCAUGAGAACAAACUUCGCGACGAUUUAAAAAGAGACGCGACAAAAUUGACGGAGUUGGAGAAGAGGAUUGAAGACAUGACAAAAGAAAUGGAGAGACAGCGAGUGGCGAUAGACGAACAUAACAAACAGUACUAUGAGUGUAAGAAGAGGAAGGACCAAGAACAAAGCGCUAGGAAUGAACUGUGGCGUAAAGAAACUACUUUGACACAAAACUUGUCUUCGCUAAAGGACGACUUGGCCAAGGCUGAUCAAGCGCUACGCUCCAUGGCCGGAAAGCCGAUCCUGAACGGCCGCGACAGCGUCCGCAAGGUGCUGGAGACAUUCCAGGAGCGCGGCGGCGAGUGGGCCAAGAUCGCCACGCACUACUACGGACCCGUCAUCGAGAACUUCACGUGCGACAAGACCAUCUACACUGCUGUCGAGGUUACAGCGGGUAAUAGGUUAUUCCACCACAUAGUAGAAUCUGACACAGUAGGAACUAAGAUAUUGAAGGAGAUGAACCGACAGAGUUUGCCCGGCGAGGUCACCUUCAUGCCACUUAACCGACUCCAAGUUCGGGACAUGGUGUAUCCCAAUGAUAAUAACGCUAUAGCCAUGGUGCAAAAGUUGAAAUACGAUCCAAAAUACGCCAAAGCAAUGAAGUACAUAUUCGGCAAAACACUAAUUUGCAGGAAUCUGGAAUGCGCCACUGAACUCGGGAAGCAAUUCCACCUGGACUGUGUCACUUUGGAGGGAGAUCAGGUAUCAUCGAAAGGCUCGCUGACCGGCGGCUACUUCAACCAAUCCCGCUCUCGUCUAGAAAUGCAGAAGACUAGAUCGGAACUGAUGGAACAAAUCACGUCACUAGAACAGGAACUGAGCACUUUGCGGCAAGAGCUCAGUAAGACUGAAACCAGUAUUAACAGUAUCGUCUCCGAGAUGCAAAGAACUGAGACGAAGCAGGGAAAAGCUAAGGAUAUAUUUGACAAAGUAAAAGCGGAUAUCCGUCUGAUGAAGGAGGAAUUAGCUUCCAUAGAAAGAUUCCGCGGCCCCAAAGAGAGGUCGCUCGCUCAAUGUCGCUCGAGUCUCGAAGCCAUGCAGGCCACCAAAGAGGGGCUGGAGUCUGAAUUACACCAGGAACUAAUGGAACAACUGUCCACAUCAGACCAGGGCAAAGUCGACGAACUUAACGACGCUAUAAGACGAUUAACACAGGAAAAUAAAGAGGCCUUCAGUGCCAGGAUGAAUCUUGAGGCCACUAAGAAUAAACUUGAGAAUCUCCUCACUAACAACUUAAUCCGACGUAAAGACGAAUUAGUGCAAGCCCUCCAAGAGAUAUCAGUGGAGGACCGCAAGCGUCGCCUCGCCAACAGCAAGUCUGACCUCUCAGCGUCGGAGAAGCGCAUCAAACAGAUCAACAAGGAGAUGGAGGAAGUCGAGAAGAAGGUGCAGGCCGCCGUCAAGAACGAGAAGGCUUUGAAACUCGAGCUGGAUAAAUGGAGGAAUAAGGAAAAAGAAGCUCAGGACAAAAUGGAAGAAGACGCCAAGGGGCUGGAGAAGAUGGCGUCCAAGGAAGUAUUACUCCAGGAGAAGAUCCAGGAGUCGCUGGAUAAGAUUGCGGCUCUCGGCACGCUGCCCAACGCACCUGAACUGCAUUCCAAGUACCAGAAAAUGUCGCUCAAACAGCUCUUUAAAGAACUGGAGAAAGCCAACCAGCACCUGAAGAAGUACAACCACGUGAACAAGAAGGCCCUGGACCAGUUCAUCAGCUUCUCUGAGCAAAAGGAGAAAUUGUACAAGCGCAAAGAAGAACUCGACAUUGGAGGCGAAAAGAUCCGCGAGCUCAUCGAAACAUUAGAGCACCGCAAGUUGGAAGCCAUCCAGUUCACGUACAAGCAGGUGACGAGGAACUUCACGGAGGUGUUCAAGAAGCUGGUGCCUCAGGGUCGAGGCAGCCUCAUCAUGAGGACCGGCACUGAUGAGGGGCAGGAGGUCAAUCCUGAUCGUGCGAACGCAGACCAAUUCACGGGCGUGGGUAUAAAGGUGUCGUUCACUGGUGGCGAGGGGGACAUGCGUGAGAUGAACCAGCUGUCGGGGGGACAGAAGUCGCUAGUCGCGUUGGCGCUAAUCUUCGCCAUACAGAAAUGCGACCCGGCGCCUUUCUACUUGUUCGACGAAAUCGAUCAGGCGCUGGACGCGCAGCACCGCAAAGCGAUCGCGAACAUGAUCCACGAGCUGUCGGACUCGGCGCAGUUCAUCACGACCACGUUCCGGCCGGAGCUGCUGGAGCACGCGCACAAGUUCUACGGCGUCAAGUUCCGGAACAAGGUGUCGCACGUCGAGUGCGUCGAGCGCGACGAGGCGCGCGACUUCGUCGAGGACAGCGCCACGCACGCGUAAGCGUUUGUACUUCUGAUAGGACAACACUAUUAUGCGUGGAAUACUUUAAAAAGGACAGCCCAAGAAUGCUUAAGAUACAUGAGUUUAUACUUUUAAAGGACAUACCAAGAAUGUGUAGUUAAGUCAGUUUGUACUUCUAAAAGGACAGCACAAGCAUGCCUAGUUAGGUGAGUUUGUACUUCAAAAAGGCCACGCAACACACACUUCGAUUAUGUGAGAUUUUAUUUACUGCUUGAAAUCGCACAUACUAGCCUGCCUUUAGUUUGCUUUGUCUUUGAAACUAUAACUCGAAUUGGACCUUACAGAAACUUCGAUUAUUGCUCCUGUAAGGCCCUUAAUUAUUUGUACUAGUAGGAAAGCCCUGUGGAUUACAUCAAGGAAUGCAAAUUUGCAUUCCUUUUUUGGAUCAUGAGAAAAAUGAUAGUGAAUGUCUGUAUAAAGGAAUGCUUCAUGUGUUUGAAAAUACCCUUUCUGGGAUGUAAUGUAAAAAAAUAUGUACAGCGACCAGCUAUUUCUAAACUGAUCGGGGUCGUAUCUAUCAGUUUAGAAAUCGCAGGUCGUUAUGCAAAAGGGAUUUUUGUAUAUCACAGUUUACACACAGAAAUACACAUUUGUUAAGUGAUGAAAUAUUAUAUACAAAAUAUGAACCCAUUAAAGAAUAAAGCAAGUUGGAGACAAUGUUCCAAUUGUGACAAGAUAUUUAAUUUCAUUCAUAAAAUGUAGGUCUUUUCGUUAAUAUUCAGGAAAAUGUGAUGGAAUACGUUGACUGUAUAUAUAUACGAUUUUUUUACUACAGUUAUUAUAGACGUAACCAUUGUGACACAAAUUAUGAGAAAAUUACUUGAUUUUUGAAUAGUUAAAAUGAAUAUUUUUUUGCAUUGCAAAAUACAUUCAAUUUGUUUUUAAAAAAAAUCGAGGGACGAUUUACUUGAUAAUAAAAAGCUUAGAGAAGUUAACAAUAGACAAAUUAAUCGUACCCUUAAUAUCAUUCGACAAUGAGCUCUAAACUAGUAACAGAGUACAAUUUUUAUACUAAUAUUAUAAAUGUGAAGGUGUGUUUGAUUGUCCUCCUUUCACGUAAAAACGGAGCAAUGAUGUAAUUUGUUGUUUAGAUAGUUGGAGGCACAAAUUUAUAUAUUACUGUGGUUGGAAGGAUGGAGUGGAGUGACGUAGACUACUUUUCGCCGCGGGUGAAGUCGCGGGCAACAGCUAUUAGUUCUCUAAGUAGGAUAUAUUAGUAUUAAGUUUAUAAUUAAAGUUUAUAUGUAAACGGGUCGAAGGCGAGAUUUUAAAAUAACAUUUUUUUACGACACCGUGAAAUACAUUUUGACAUUUUCUCAAUGUGUUCGUUUAUUUUUGUAAAAUUAAUUUUAUGAUUAUUACUUUUUGUUUAUUAUGGUAAUUUAAAAAGUGUUAGUUGACGUCUGAAAGCACCAGCCUACUAUAUUUAGUUGUGAAAAUAUCCCAAGAUUUUGAUAGUAAUAAUGAUAAAGACUUAAUUCCAUACAAAGUAAAUUAAAUUAUAAUUAGCAUCACUUUUAUGCGUUUCAUUCAUUCUAAGCGUCAAGUGGUGCUAAUUAGUAAUUAUCUAAUGUUGGAAAAUAAAAAUUCCAUUUUUUAUAA